AUCCCACCUCAUUUUUCAUCACUCGACGCGUCAAAUACCGGUUGCAUUUAAACUUUCAUCGUCAACGAUAUGUGAUCGCAUGAAGUCACGUGCAUAUAUACAUUCAUCUCGCAAUAUUCUUUCUCUUUACCAUAACUCAUAUCGAAUCGAUGCUCCUUGAAGGGGCAGCCCGACGGUAGAGGGAAGAUGAGAAGAUGGAUCCCGACUAGAGGUUCAGUAUUCUUAAGCCUUCGUGGCCGGAACUUAAGCCGCUCAAGAUGCUUUAGCAUCGCUGUCAAUGAUGUAGAACGAGUGAGUUUUAGCAACGGCUCUUCUGGAAUUGUCACCAUCGAUCUACAUAAUACUGCCAAGGUGUCAUCACCAGACCCCUUAUUGAUAUAUCUACCGCCAUUCUCAACAGCUUUUUCAGAUCGGCCUGCGGAAUUGCCAAGGUUUAUCCAAAGACGGCCAACUGCUGUGAUAAACUACCGUUGGGCUGGCUAUCCCCCCUCCAAGGAUACAGCUACACGUUCAUCGGACUCUACCACGGAGUCAGCAGAGGAUGAGGAUGAAUGGUCUCAUCUCGCUUGGCCAGCCCCUAUUCACGAUACAACAAGGGCGUAUGACUGGAUCUUAGAUAAUCUUAGCCCAUCCGACGAUAGACGUCGAGAUAUUUACGUUUACGGCUCUUAUCUCGGCGCCUCACUAGCAACAUCGCUCACCCUAACAGAAACUCACCCUUAUGCAACGAUGGGUAUUCGAGGAUGUGUCGCCUAUAACGGGAUAUACGACUGGACUACCUUCCUCCCGGACCACCCAAUCUACCAGCGUCGCAAGGUGCAUGAACUAGACCGGAUCUUCGGCCCGCUAACGGAGGGCCCCGAGUUCCAAGAUCUGGAGCGACACGCCGAAGCACUGUUCGAAAGACCCGGGAACUUCUUCGACCCCUUCGCAAGUCCGUGCCUCUUCUACCACACACCGGGGCUUUUCGUGCCACCGAAUUUCAAGUCAUCAGCUCUCUUGCCGAAGGGAUUACAGCCGGAAGACCUAGCACUAUUGCCGAGAGACGCGCCCGAAUUCUACAUGCCCAGGAAAUCGCCGAAGGAAAGCCCGCUUUCUUUUCCGCCGGACAGGUUGACGUCGACGAUCCUGGAGGCGUUGCUGCUGCACUCCGCGCCGCCUCCGUUGCCUCCGUUGCCGCCCUCGUCUUCGAGGAGACAGCUGAGGCGCAAGCAGAAAGUACGGAAUAAUUUCCAGACGCAGGCUGAAGAUCUUGCUCGCUGGAUGCGGCGCCGUGUCGAUAAGGAGGAGCUGGGGGAGCGCAUUAUAGGGGAUGACGGCUCCGACAGCUGGGACAUUGAGGCCGCUAAAAGGAUUCAACUUCAGGUGGUGGGGUUGAGUAAUGGUGACUUUGAACUCGGUAGCAAAGGAGAGGAAUUAGCUGCUGCUUGGUUAGAUGACCAUAUGGGGAUUUUAUAGUCUAACUGAAUACAUCAUACUCUUGUUAUACAAUGCCUACUGAACCUAGGAGACUUAAUCAAAACUCUAAUCACAGCUCUGGGUUACACACAACUAUGUAUAACGCAUUCCCC